AUGAAAAAGAAGAGGGCUACUAUCGAGGAUCACAUUGUUAUUGAACAUGUCCCGGAAUGGGAUGAAGUGCCGGAAGGCGAGAAAGUUGUAGAUGAGGUUCCUAAAGCUUUGAAACCUAUUCCUAAACCUCCUACAGCGUUUCCUCAAAGACUGGCUAAGAAAGCGAGUGAUGGCAAAUUUCUCAAUUUUAUACAAAAAUUGAAACAACUUUCAAUUUAUAUCCCAUUGGUGGUGGCACUUGAACAAAUGCUUGGGUAUUCGAAAUUCAUGAAACAUCUUGUAACCAAGAGGAGGCAUUAUAGUUUUGAAACAAUGGGGGGUACACAUCAUUAUAGCUCUAUUGUGACAAAAGCUUUGGUUCAAAAGAAACAAGACCCGAGAGCUUUCACCAUUCCUUGCACAAUGGAGAGGUACAAAUUUGCAAAGGCCUUAUGUGAUCUUGGAGCAAGCAUCAACUUGAUGCCACUUGCUAUUUUUAACAAGUUGGGUUUGGGCACUCCCCAACCCACAACUAUGAGGUUGCUAAUAGCGCAUAGAACUGUAAAGAAACGGAUGGCUAUUCUUUAUUAUGUGCUUGUGAGAGUUGACCGAUUCAUUUUUUCAGCCGACUUUAUGAUUUUAGAUUGUGAAGUUAAUUUCGAAGUGCCCAUGAUCUUGGGAAGGCCUUUCUUAGCUAUGGGGCAUUCUCUUAUGGAUGUGGAGAGGGGUGAUUUAAAAUUUAGAAUGAAUAAUGAAGAGAUCACUUUCCAUAUUUGCAAAUCGACAAAACAACCGGCGGAUAUAAGUGUCAUGUCAGUUAUUGAUACAAUUAAUGAAGCCAUGGAGACAACCGUUGAGCAUGAACACAUGGGUGCGAUGUUUGCAACGGUUUUAUUGAACUAUGAGAGGGAAAACGAAAAAGAAUUUGAGAAAACGGUUAAUGCAUUGGUGGGGUUGGGUACAUACAAAUACAAUCCCAAAAAGCUUGAUCUUGAUCUAGAAAACCGUGAGAAGCCUCCCGCAAAGUCCUCUAUCAUUAAGGCUCCCACAUUGGAACUCAAACUUCUUUCUUCACUCUUGAGGUAUGAAUUCCUUGGACCAAACAAUACUUUGCCCGUGAUAAUUUCCGCCUGGUUGAUGGAUGAGCAAAAAGAGCGACUAAUGGUGAUCUUGAUAAAGUACAAAAAGGCAAUUAGGUGGUGUAUUGCGAAUAUUCCAGGAUUUUCUCCUGGAAUUUGCACUCAUAAAUCCAACUUGAUUAAGAUUGUGAACCGAUUGUUGAGCACCAAAAGAGAUUGA